GUAAGAUGGCGCUCAAAUCUCACAACAUCCGGUUGAGGAAAUUCGACAUGAACCAUUUGAUGAAAAAAAGAUGUGCAACUCUGCAUGGGGAUGAAAAGAUAUGCUUUGAAAACAGUAAAUAGAUGAAUGCAACAAUGGAAAUAAAGAAAAACCAUCUUCUUCCUAAGAUGAUAUGUUGGUGCUGCUACUGUUAAAGGUCAAUAGAAGUUUGGACAAAACCACUGUGAUUGUUGUAUAAGACCGGCUUCCUUUGAAAACGGAAAAGAUCCCAAAAUGCUUGUAUUUUAUUGGAACAUGUAACAGAAUCUCCUGUACUCAAUGGAAUACAAGUUUUUAGAUUUUAAUAUGCACUGUGCAUUCUCAUAUUUGUACUAAAUGAGAGCAUAUAGUGAUACUAUAGUUGUCCUGAUUUCAAGAUUUUAAACAAUGGAACAAAGUAGAACUGAUAAAACACAGUCAGGUGAAUUGAUCAAUAGAAAAGAUCCUAGGAAUUCCCCAGCUCUAUGGGUACACCAUAGACCGAAUGCUGGGAGCAGCUCACAAACUUCAAAUGAACAAAGUGUUGUAGGAAUCUCCUCACAACUACAGACAAAUGCCUGUAGAUCAAUUAGUAGUACCCAGCAGAAGACAUUUCCUGUUAUUCAAUUGAAUGCAGAUACCAACCAAACUGCACUAGAAUUCUUCAAAAUUGAAAGUACUUCUUCUCCCUCGUGUCAUGUUGGAACAGUGCGAAAUAUUAUACCCAGUAAUUUACAGUGCAGCGUGUCAAGGUCAGAUAGAGAUGACCUCCAUCAGACAGUUAUACCAGCCUUUAUUGUAGUGUCAAAGAAACGGAAGCUAGGAAAUGAGGUCAUAUGUAUUGAUGAGGAGGAGGAGGAGAAUUCUUCUGGCAAAAAAGAUGGCAAACCAGAUCAGAGUACUAAGGCAACAUCAAAGACAACACACUUAAUUCAACCAGUGGUUGGCCAAGGAAGUGUUGGCAGCCAAGUGCUCAUUCAAACACAAACUAUAAGCACAGCUGGCUCUAGAGUACCCCAGCAACCUCCUACAACUAUCCCCCAGUCCUCUAACCUUAUAAGCAAACUCAACUCAACUCAGCCCAACCCAGCAAUUAGUACUCAAUCAUCAAAACAGACAACAAAAGACAUCUGCAAAAUAGGAAAUAUAGAUAAAGAAAAUGUGCCCACUUCAGCCAUACUGUCAAGACAGACUGGUUCUCUCCCAAAUGCUGGUUCCUUGUGCUGCAGUAAGGAAUGUACGUACUCAUCCUCAUCGAUUCCAGCAACAGACAUAUCAAUUGAUCAGAGUACAUCAACAUCACCAGAUAUGUGCAAUGUCUAUGAUAAUGAGGAACCAAUAUCACUCAUACAGCAAGGCAUUCCAUUGAUUGGUAACUCCCAAGAUCUCUGUGAAUCAAACCCAGAAAUGUUGAAAGAAGUCCCAAGGAUUUGUAAAGUGUGUGGUGAAGAAUCCAAGGGGAGUCCAUUUGGCGUCCCUGCCUGUCUUUCCUGUUCGGUGUUCUUCAGGAACUGUACUGAAGACGACUUGAAGAUAAGUAGACAUCGACAGUACAUGGGGCGCUGCGGUUGUCAGCUUUGUCAUCUCUUCUGUUGCUACUUACGCGGGAUGAAACCAGAAAAUUCAGAUUUUCUGGUGUGUACAGUUUGUAGUAAACCUUUCAUAUUAAGAUACUUUCUGAUACAGCAUCAGAAAAAUUGCCAGAAGUCUCCAGUCAGUCCAAAAUGUGACACAUGUGGCCUCACGUUUGCUACAGACAGUCAACUGAAACAACACAAGAAGAGCAAGGUCUUUUGUGAAAAGGACAGUACUGCUGGAACCGAUGGGAAGUAUAAAUGCGAUAUCUGCUGGGAAUCUUUUUCAUUGCUGGGUGCCUUAGUAUUGCAUCGGUACACACACCUAAAGGUGGAUGACGAGAUGACAGAGAUGGAAAAUUCAUUAGAAGUAAAGACAUUCCAGAUUAAUCCAGAAAACCCUAUUAUCAUUGAUGAUUGUGAAGAAUUAAUUGUCAUUGAUGUUGAAAAAGAAGGGAAAAACAACGACUCGGAAACUAAUGAUGAAAGUGGGAUUGCAGAUAAUGAAAUCAAAACUCACCAAGAUGGAAUCCGAACACAUAUUGAUAAUGUUGAGCAUGAGGAUCAAAAUUCGAAUAUUCCAGAAGAAAGAGAAAAUAUUAGACAUCUUGUAGAUGGUCAGCCUGGGAGCAAUAGUGAAAAAAUGUGUGUUGAUGAUAGUGCAGUUUAUUCUGAGGAAACCGAAAGCAGAUUACAAUCUGGAACACAAUUAUCACAGGGAUCCCAGAAAUGCUCAACUGUCAACGACAAGAGUGAAAUAAGCAGUGAUGACACAGGAGAAAUGGAGUCAGAAGAAAACCAUGUAAAGACAGUGAUUGGUGAAGAAGAGACGGAGAAAGAGUCUGGUCUUGGAAACAGCUGCAGUAUAAUUGAAUACAACGAAGAAUCAUCAGAUGAACUCCUGGAGGAGGAGGAUGAUGAGUACAUUCUGGUCACCUUUGACUCCAGUGAUGAGGAAGACAAUGUUAGUACUGUGAAUCACUGUGGAGCUGACUGUAUGGAUAACAAUGAACAGGAACAUGAUAAUUCAAAAGAUCACGAGAUUCCACCCACUGCAGAUGUGAUUAUAAGAAAUAACGAAAUGUCCAGCCAGUUUGCCGAAUCGGGAUCCACAACUAUGCUUCCCGUUUCAACAUCACACCUGGUGAUGGAAUCAAUUGCUGGUACAGACAAGAAUAUAACUGAAGGCACCAAACAAGGCAAUGCAAUCCCAGAAGUCAGUGAAGUUUCAAUGGAAUGUCAACAAGAAAUUUCAGAAGAAAAAAAUGGUUAUGAAAAUACAGAUUUUGAAAAGAUGCAACCAUCUAUGGAAAUAGAGGAGGAAGAAAAAGCGUGCAUGGUGAAAACUAAAUCUAACACGAAUAUUCAGAGUGCACAAUCAGAAACAGGAGAGACAUGGGAAAAAAAUAAUUCCCCAGAAAGCAGUAACAAAGAUUCUACUGUUACUGUUGAUAAAGCAACAGCCUUACAAGACAGUUCAUUUUCAGCUGAUCAAUCAGGAUCGAAAUCGCAUGUGAAAGUAAUCACAAAUGAAGAUGGAGGGGAAAAGCUAGAGGUCCAUUUUGUUCUGGAUGAUAAGACGAAAACUGGGACACCUGAUAUCCUUGAGAGUUUAUCCUCAUCAGAGAAUGCUGUCACCGUUGAUGAAAUUUCCAGUACAGUACCAGAUGACAUUAAUGUAGAAUAUCCAUCAAACGAAAGUGCCAUAGAUAAGGAAAACAUGACUCCUGGAAUUCAACCUCCACAGAAUGAUGACAGUCAGUGUAAGACGACAGGAAAAAGUACAAAUGAAAAUAUGAAUACCUGUGAGGAAUCAGCAGAAUUGUCGACUCUCUCAGACAAGCAGUCAGAUGUUGGGAGGAAAGAUGGAGCAAGUAUGCCGCUUAUUCAAGAUCAAGAGAAAAGUGAAAGCAAACAAAAAUAUCAGAAAAAUGAAGAACAAAUGGCUACAGCAGACAUCAUUUGUUUAUCUUCAGAUGAGGAAGAGGAAAAUGUCAAGGAGAAAAGUGCUGGGGACACAGGCCAAGAAACUGUACAGAUAACUGACGACUCUUCGACAAAUGCCCAAACAUGCAAGGUCAUACAGAAAGCAUCCAAAAACAAUAUUUUGGGAGAUGAUCCUAAGAAAGUACUCAGAAAUGAGUAUUUGGGGAGUCAUGUUAGUGAGCUCAAUCCAUCUUCAACAGGAACAACAAGUCGGUCUCACAAGUUAAGUCACAUGGAUAUCGUCAUUGAUUUGGACCCUGAGGAAGAUUCGUACAUUUGUUACUUAUGUAAAAGCAAAUUUCCUUCUGUUCAGGACAUCCAGCUGCAUUUAAAGAAAGUUCACUCUUAUUUCAAUAACAGUAUCAUCCUAGACGGUUUUUUCUGCUGUCAUUGUAAGGAUAAGUUCAAUUCUUUAGGGGAGCUUUCAAUUCAUGAGUCAACUGUUCAUGGUUUCAAAUUUUCAUGCCCUUUGUGUGGGAUUCACCAGAAAGACCAUGAACUAUUUUUAACCCAUAUUAUGGAACAUCUAUCACCAUGGAUCCUUUAUUGUGUUUUGUGUAAACUGGAAUUUAGAAAGGAAGAUGAAUUCAAGGAACAUAAUUCUAUCAAGCAUGGUGGCAAAGUGGUGUUAUCAGAGUCCUUGAAAUGCUGUAUUUGUGACAGUUUCUUUGCUGACAAAGGGAAAUAUUAUGAACAUCUUAGAAUUUUUCAUGAUAAAUUGUUUAAGUUUCCGUGCAAGGUCUGCUUUCAAAGUUUUUGUACAAGAUCUGCACUGAAAGUUCACAGAAGCUCUCUUGAUAACUUUCUUAGUGGAUCAAGAACCAAAAUAGCAGAAUUCAUUUUGAUUGAUUCUAAUGCAGUUGACGUUAAAGUGAUCAGUGAAAUUCCCUUGAGUAACUUUCAUCGCAGAUAUUUAUCAACUCCAACAACCUCAGAAAAGGCAAAACUUGCUUAUAAAAGAAUAGACCAAGAAUCCAUACUUAGAAAAUGUAGUUUGACAGAUACAAGGAAAGGGAUUGUUAUUAGUGGUGUAAAUUCAAGGUCAUUGCAGAAUGACGAAAGUGCAGACAGCACUUUGGAGAGCAGACAAGGUCAGCCUGUGACAGAUAUCAGCACACAUGGAGAUCCAAAUGACAUGACGAAUAGGAAUAUUGCAUGUGAAGAGGAGAGCUUGCCAGAUAUACAGCGUCCUAAGCAGUCAGAAACCUCUGCCAGUAGUAUAACUGAUCUGGUGUCUGCAAAUGACGUCACAUCAACUGCUGAGGACAUGGUUACCAAUCUUAGAAUUGUUGGACACAAAACGGAUAAGGAAUCACAGGGACAUGAGAAGGAAUCACAGGGACAUGUGAAGGAAUCACAGGGACAUGAGAAGGAAUCACAGGGACAUGAGAAGGAAUCACAGGGACAUGUGAAAGAAUCACAGGGACAUGUGAAGGAAUCACAGGGACAUGAGAAGGAAUCACAGGGACAUGAGAAGGAAUCACAGGGACAUGAGAAGGAAACACAGGGACAUGUGAGUGAAGAAUUAGCAUCAAACAGAGACCGGAUUUCAAUGGAGGUUGAAUGUAAGGAUACAUCUUCAGUUACCACUCAGUCUACAACAUCAACCUCAAUAAAUGACACAGAACCUGCCAAUCGACCGUUCAAAAAUCCUGAAAAAAGAAAUUCAGUUUUGCCAACUAUUGACGGGAGUGGCAUUUUAGAUGAAUCCACUCCAAUGUUAACAAGCUGCGAACAGGGGUCAUCCGGAAGAAUGCCUGAUAGUCAGACAGUCGAUUUAACUACAAUAACUGAUGCAGACUUUAUAGAGGAGGAUUCAGGACAAUGUAGCAAUGGGGAAUCUUUUAUUCCUAUUGGUAAUAUCAUGACCAUUCAACCAAAAGAGAUCCGUGAGAAAGAAAAUACCGGAGUCAUGCAACAUAGAGGAAAUGUUGACAGUGGUAUGAAAGAUUCAACCAUUUUCAGUUUUGAUUGUUUAGUAGAGAAGGUAUUUGAUGAAUAUGAGCAUAAGACGAGAGACGCUUGGAGUAAAGAGGUCAUUGUUGUGGAAGACGGAAUGCCAGAUAGUGGAGAGGCUGGAGAAUACCAUUCGUCCCAAAGGACAUUGAGAAGAGUUCAAAAUAAUGAAAAUUUACCUACAUCUUCGUCCAAGAGUUUGAAUUCAUCUCAGGAUGAAAAUAUACCAGUUGAGAUAGAGAAUGUAAUUUCAAAUCUCCUCAGCUAUUGCAAGAGACCCAAGAUGAUGUCAUCACAAAGAAGGUCUUCUAAUGCUGUCGAACGUAUCUCCCCAAAAGUGAAUUCUAUACCUUAUAAAGGAGCAAAGGGAAUGAAUAACUUUCCAAUAUUGCAAGGCGAUCUAAAACAUAACAGUGUCCCAGUUAUGGUUGAUCAAACAACCGAAAGGAAUUUAAAUGUUGACCAAUCUAGUGAUUCGUUGAGAAGCUUAUCAUCUCAGGAACAUUCCAGAACAGAAGAAAUGGAUCAUCAAGUAGCAUCAACACCGGAUAAUAUAAAGUCAAACAAUUUCUUUGUGACGAAAUCGGUGUUAUCUGUGCUUGAAGGCAAUCCUUCAUUGUUGUUGAAUGACUGGAAAGAAACUUUGGAGGAAAGUGGCAAAGGGACGCGCCUGCGUGCUAUGCAUCCAGAUUUGAACGAUUUUAUCAAACUUACAAAUUGGAAAUCUUCGCCACUUGUACUUGCUAAAGUCAAUGCCCUUUUGCACAAAAAAUUUCCUGUAGACAAUAAUAUAUCUAGAGCCGAUACAACCAGAAGUAAAGAUGGUCGCAUUUUGAUUGGAGAGCGAAAGGAAUUAUUUGCUGAUAUAAAAAAUACUUUGGAAAAAUUUGAGGAUGACCCACAUCUGAAAAGAAAUCCCAUUAAUUUUGAAAAUUUGGAUAGAAUGCAAUGUACAAAGGAUGAAUCCCUAUCUAAAGAGAAGCACAAUAUGAAGAAUACUGUGGAGGCUCAGAAAACGUACGUUUACAGCCACACUGACCUAGAUAAUGCUGUAAAGCGGCUUAGUUCAGUUGUCCAAGCUAUUGCGAAACGAAAGCUGGAUGAAUGUGGUCCUCCGGACUCAACUGAAAUGCAAGUUGAACAACCCAAAAAGAAAAUCAAGAUCGUUCCGGCAAAAGAUGUCCUAAAUCAGGAUCAGGUCGUUGUUUCUAUGGAGGGGGAAAUGAAAAAUGAUGGAAAUGAACAGGGGCCUUCUUCAGAAACGUUGAAUUCUAGAAAAUUGUCAGACCCAUCUGCAGUAGUCAUGGCUUAUCCAGUAACAGUCACACAAUUGUCAACGACCGUUCCACAAGUAGAUAUUAACAACACACUUGGUGCUGAAGAAGGUGGAAUGCAGUUUGACAUUGUAAAAGAGUAACUGCAAUAUGUGACUUUUGAAAGAAUUGAAAACAUCUAUAUUUUAAUACGUGUAUGUGUUUUAUAUCUGUGUACUAGUGAUUACUAGUAUGGCCCAGAAUUGGGACUAUGCUGUUUUAGUCCCGUUUAUCAAGAAUGAAGAAGUCAUGGGGGUAAUUCUUUUUCUUAAAAAGUGUAAAUUUAACUGAUUUAUAAUGAAAUAAUUUUUUUCCAAGUCUUAUUUUCACCAUACAUGUAUGUUGAAAAUGCAUCAAUCACUUUCAAAAUGUCCAUGAAUAUACGCACAUGUGUGGUUCUACUAUUUUUAAGUUUUUUAUGUAUAUUUGAUGUAUACGCUGUGAGGGUUUAAAAGUGACAUUGUUUCAUGGUAAGUGAUUAAUGUAUAUUUUUGUUCUUUUGUUUUUAAAACAAAGUUAAGUUUUAAGUUAAUAUAUGAUCUUGCAAAAAAAGAAUUCCGUUCAGGGAUGUUGAUUUUCACCAUUUGUUUGAAUUGUAUGAUUAUGAGAUAAUACAUGUUUAAUACUAUAUAUUUCUAUGUAUUAUGAUGUACUGUCACAAGGGAUAUAUUGUCAAAGCUAUCAUGCAAUUUUAUUUUACUGUUACAUGUUAUAAAUUGAUAUGCUGAGAAGUAUCUGUUAUGAAUAAUGUAGAUGUACAUGUAGACUUAUUGAUGAAAUUUGUAAAGAUAAAUCAUGAUAAAUAAAAUUAAUGUUGAAUUGAA